ACUGCAACAACAUUCUUUGAACGAUCUGCGGUUGUUAUCAUUCUGUUUCUUCUGAUGUGCGACAGGAAGCCAGAGAGAGUGGAUCUGGGGACAGACAGCCCACUCCUGCGCCGCUUCUAGCAAGGGAAACCCCCCCACGCGUUGCGCGCCAGUAGAAAAUCGCGUCGCGGAGUGCGUGUGCAUGUGCGUCAGGCUCUAAAUGUGUGUGUUCGUGCACGGCAAAGCCCCGGGCUCCGUCCUCAACAGUUGCUACCGGAGCGACGGAGAAGAGAGGUGGAGAACGAGAGAGAUAACAGACUGAGGACAGACGGACGCGGAGCCCCACGCCGCUCUGCCCGGCUCCGCUCCUGACAUGCAGUCAUUCAUCUCUCCGGUGACCAAGGCCAUUCUAGUAGCGCUCUUCAUCUUCGCCAUACUCCUCAUCCUCUAUGUGAUCCUUUGGUACAUUUGCAGAGACGUGGACUGCGACCACGGCAUUUGAGGAUUCAACGGGAAUAACAGGAAUUUCACAAUGGGGCGCACAGCGGAGCCCGCAGAGCCCAGGGUCGUCCCGUACGACAAGGAGGGAAGCGAGGAUGGACGACUUCAUAUUGGAACGUAUCCCAUAGACGGAACUGCACCUUUUACCCGGAGCUGCUGCUGCUCCUCUGCACUGCUCACUCCGUGACAGAACGGCAGAGAUGUUAUCAGCUAUCCGGUCUUAUCUUCUACCAAUUAUCAAACUUUACCUGCUUGGUUUGAAGGUUCUGUUGGUUCAGCUGUUCAGCAGAUCUUUCAGGUUGCCAGUGAUGCCCAGACAAGAUGGCAAGGUUGCCAUAGUGACAGGAGGAGGGAGGGGAAUCGGCUAUGAGGUAGUCCGCCACAUGGCCAGACUGGGGGCACAUGUUAUCAUAGGUGGAAGGGAUGAGCAGGAGGGCCUGGCGGCCGUCAGAAGGAUCUGUGAAGAGUACAAAGAGGCCAAAGUGGAGUUCACCAAACUGGACCUAGCCUCUUUGCAGUCUGUCCGUCAAUUUGUUCAGAGCUUUAAGGAGAGGGACCUGCCGCUAAACAUUCUGGUCAAUAAUGCGGGUGUCAUGCUGAUUCCUGAGGGCCGUACUGAGGAUGGAUUUGAGCAGCACUUUGGUGUGAACUACCUAGGCCACUUCCUGUUGACCUGGCUGCUCCUGGACACACUGAAGGAUUCUGGGAAAUGUGGUUACUUCUCGCGUGUGGUCAAUGUCUCCUCCUCUGCCCACCGCAUCGGCGAAAUCAGACUAAAUGAUUUAAAUAGCUGCCAGUGUUAUUCAGCCCAUGCUGCUUAUUGUCAUAGUAAGCUGGCCCAGCUGUUAUUCAGUUCCCACCUCCACCAGCAUGUGCAGCGUGGAGGUUUCCCACUGAGUUCAUGUGCUGUGGAUCCUGGCAUGGUAGAUACUGCUCUCUAUCGCCACCUCUGGACGCCCCUCUGUCUGGCACAGCGCGCCAUCGCCCGCCUGCUUUUCAGGACUCCUGCAGAGGGCGCUGUCACUGUGCUGUACGUCGCUCUGUCACCGGCCCUGGAGGGGGAGUGUGGAGGAGGCUACUGGGCCAAUGGGCGCAGGGAGAUGAUAACACCACCGACCUUUAACCCCCAGCUGCAGCUAAGCCUAUGGGAAACCAGCAUCCAGUUGCUGGGCCUGCAGUAGCCUGCGACGAAAGGACAACUAACUGGACUAAACCUCGAAGACAACAUUAGACAAAGACCCUUAACUCUGGCCAACCAGUCGCCCUCUCCUUCUUUUUCUCAUUAUUGUUUCUCCAUCCGUACCUCACGUCAAGGUGUUUGUAGCGAUUUAUUUUGACAGUCUCACAAUCCACAACUGGACUGUGAUUUGGUUACUAGUGGAGUGAAGCCCUCCUUUUUGUUUUAGACCUGCCAAAGAAGGGCUACCGGGGAUGGAAGAUGGUUUUUUUGGGGGGGGUUUGCAAUGAGCAAGCAGUCAUAUACAAACGCACGCUAGGGUUAUAUCGAUAUAUGAUUUUGCUGUCAUAGAUACUGGGCAGCUGCUGACAUUGGCCUUUAGUUAUAAACCGAUAUCAGUUGUCAUCCAAGUUUAUUCCCUGAUCAUAACUAACCUGAUGUCUGGCCAGAGAAAUCGUUCCAUGGUUUCAUAUUCAAAAACCUGCGAUGACACCUGCCUCACUCUGCCUUAAUGUCAUUAAUCUGGCUUUCAGUGAAGAUGUUAAUUGUCUCUCAGUGAUGAACUUAAUUCAGUUUCAGAGCCUUUUCCAUCCUAAAAAUAAAAAUGUCAGCAACCAUUAAGAUGCUUCUUGGGCAUAAUAAUACUUUAAAAGCUGAAUUUUGGCAUAGUAUACUGGCUUCAAAAUCACGUGUCGGUCAAGCACUAGCAUUCACACACACACACACACACACACACACACACACACACACGUUCAUGCACCAUGACAAUUAUCAGAUUUUUCAAAUCUGAACCCACCUUGCCAUGGCGGGGGAAUGUGAUGUCAUCAGUUUGGGCUGACAUAUAACAAUGAUUUCAAAGAUCGUCAAGGCAUCCCACUCGUUCAACUGGGAGCACUUUGUUUUUUGGUACAUUAACUGAAUCGUCAUGCUAACUGCUAGUAGGUGUAUUAUAGGCUGCGUUUUAGGUGAAUUCUGUUUUUCUCAUUAUGCUGGGAAAACUAUCAACUCCUCUUUCGUCUCUCGCUUCACGGCUCAGCAAUCCAACAAAAGACGUUCCUUCGGACUGAUCAGUGGGUUUGGGAAAACAUUAAAAAAGAAAGAGAUCCCAUGUAAAAGUAGGCCUACAUUUAGAAUAAUUCCCCCUGAAGAUGCGAGAGUGAUGACAUUUGGUUGUGUUCUGCGGAAUUUUCUUGCUGUUGACAUUUUCUGAAGCCAGGGUUUCCAGACAUUUCUGUUUGCUUUUCUGUUCAGAAACAAAAAGGGAACGAUGGGGAACCAACCACCACUUCAAUCUAUCCCCAUUGUCCUGUGUGAUCUGUGUUAAUCUGUUUUACUGUGUCUGUGAUACGUGUGUGUGUGUGUGUGUGUGUGUGUGUGUGUGUGUGUGUGUGUGUGUGUGUGUGUGUGUGUGUGUGUGUGUGUUUUAUGCACACAAGUUAAGAAUUGACUCAUGCUCUAGACCCAAUUCAUGUUGAUGGAUAGCUAAACAAUGGCCAUUUCUGGCAGAACAGCGACGGGAAGAAGAGAGAGAGGGAAAGCACUUUUCCCCCCCCAGUAUUCAAGCUGUGAUUGGUUCCUCAUUGCUGCUGCUGCUGCCGCCUCUUCCUCAUUUGGCGCCGCUCCCAGUGCAUUGUGGGAUUGAGAUUUCCCAGUGGUGAGAAUCAAACUCAAUCUGCUAAGGCUGACACACACACACACAUUCAGAAACAUUGGAAACCGUACAUCCAGGCACAAGCUUAUCUAAACAAGCACACAGAAAACAAACACGUCUGUUACUCAUGCAGGAAAAUACUCACAUACUUACACACAUACAUACACAAUGCGCCAUAAUGCCAUCUCCACUGUGAUAAACCAUUUUAGCUGUGAUGAUAACAAGUUUUAUCUUAAAUUAAUAAGUUUUGGCUAAAACUCCUGCCCCACAUGCCAUCCCAUUGCUGUAUGUGUACACUGAUGCUCUGAAUACUGCCACUAAGCAUCCAGCAUGCAUUAAUAUCUGCUGUACGUGAAGCAAUAGAAUCACUGUGGUAGCUAAUUCAGCCAGUCGCACAGAGCCAGACAUUCAGAAUAGGAAAAGAAAAGAGCCCAAGAGUGUGAAAGUGUAUGAAUGAAAAAGAGACCAGCUUCCAGUUGUCCAUAAUAUCAGGAAUUCCAAAUUUCUCUGUUUAAAUGUAUACAAGCGUUUAUGAAGACGUUAAUGUGCAUUGUUUUGUGUGGUUAAACUUAAAGUUGUAUUGUUUUUCAAGCACUUUAAAGAUGUGUCCCAAUUUAGGGGCUGAAUCCUGUGAAGGAUGCGGCCCACUAAAGGUCACGCUGAAAUGCUCCUCCCCGUUAUAUGAGACGCCAGUCUAGAGUCCUAAAGAUAAAAACUAAUGGUGUGUUCAGGCACUCCUUGUCAACUCAAUUAUAGGAUCUUGCCGUCAAUAGAUAAAGCCAAUAAAGUCUGCAGUACAAGUUGUGAUUUUUAACGUCAACACACAAUGAACACCAGGUAAAUAGUAGACCAGGUUAAUGGUAACUAUAUCCACGCUACUUCCAUUUAUUUGUAAUGCCCUGUGAUUAACAUGUCCAUGCUGCAAAUAGUGGAGUUCAUGCCUGGCGUCCAUUAUUUACAAUCCAUUGCCGGUCAACUCCAUGUGAUAUGAUUACCAGUGAUAGAUCACCUCAACACAAGUACCUGGUGAAUAUGACAUGAUCACAUGACUUUAUGAGUUGACAAAGAUUGCCUGAAUGCUCCAUUGAGCAGUCGAUCAGCACAUAGGAUUGUUGAAUCUUGAGAUUUGUCUUCCAAAAUGUUGGGUAAAAAAAAAAACUAAACCAUUGUUUUUAGCCUUUUAUGGAGUAGCCUUUGGAAUUGGACAGACCUUGUUGGCUCAUUAUGAUGAAAUACUGAGUUUGGAGGGUCCGUCUUUAGACACAUGCUGUGUUCAUGUCAUAUGGGAGGGAGGGAUGGAUGGAUGGAGAAGAUUCCCAUGUUUACGACUUGUGAGCGUUGACAUCACCUAACGACUCAAGAUGGUUGGCCCUAUGUGUGUUUCAAAUACUAUUAAAUGACACUAUAACACAAUAUAUCCAUUAUAUUUGGGUUUAAUUAACGCUUGAAUGAGACUUUGGCUAAAAUGUAUCAAAGCGUAGAGAAAGAUCAGAGAUACAGAGUCAUAAUUACGGAAUUAUUUGGAUGUUGAAAGUUGGAACCUGAUAAUUACGAUAACUCCAACAUGAACAUAACAUGAGGGCAUCAUAACUCCAGGAAAACACAUCACAGCUUAACUUCUGUCCUGAUUGGCUCUCAUUACAGAAUUACUUGAAUCUGUCCAAUUUACUGUAGGCCAGUAUUCAGUAAUUGCACUUGAAAACCUCGACCAGCAGCUUUACCUCAUUUGAAUGAGAGUACUGUAGCUGAUUUUAGUGAGCCAAUCAGGGUUCUGUGUGUUGAGGAUUUGGAUUUAAUUAAACAAAUUCAAUUCAGCUUUAUUUUCUUUUAGAGAAAUAUCACAAUCCAGGAGCUUGGUGUGUUUGAAAAUUAUGUUUGGAAUUCUAAUUUAAAGCAAACAUCUCUCAAGUUUGAUGGCUCUUUCUAGUGUAGUAGUUGUGUGGAAAUUGACUCUCAAUGCCAGCAAUACUCCUCAGUUGUUGAGUAUCUAAACAGUUCAUCGCCUCAGUGCUUCCGUGUUUGACUGUGUGAUUCCCCGAGGCAACUGUAAGGUACUGACUAAAUAACAGAAUAACAAACAUCAAAACCUAGGCCCGUUUAAACAAAUGCGCUCGCUUCCCUUCACACAAAUGAAAACACCAGCUUACUACUCAGCAGCGCUCAUUUAAAACAAGGCUCCAUCCUGUCAAAGAGAUACUGUGUUUUUCACAGUCCAGCUGCUACAUGUAUUACAACCUGAGAGAAAGAGAGGGAGAACGUCACUGACUGUCUUUCCUAUCUGAGCACAAAGUUUCCCAAGGACAAAGUGAGGAGGGAGUGUGAGGAUCUGCCUUGGUGUUCUUGUUGCGUCAGCACGCAGAAGAGGGGUAAAAGUAUCAAUAAUAACCUUGUUAUAUAUUUACCGUACUCCCUAAGCGCAAGGACGACACAGUGAACUUUCCGAACUUGAAUUGCGAAUAUAGAAAAAGAGCCAAAAACGGCUCAAGUAACUGUCUAUGAUAUUGUCUGUAUGUGAUUUACUCGUGUGUGAUCAUUUCAAAGCAUUGUCGCCGCUGGACAUUGACCAGUAGAUCUGUAUGUAGACUGACAAUGUUCUAAUAGCCAUUCUUCUGUCUGACUUGGGAUAACAUUUAUAUUAAAUGUUCCAGUCCCAGGUUCUGCAAAUCCUAAAUGUGUAUAUGUAUAGGACGAGAGAUAAUAUAAAGACGUAUACAGGGGGUAACCAGAUGAACUGAGUCCUUACUCCGGUACUAGUCCAGUUAAGAGAAAACUGUCUGUCCUUUCACCUUUAUUGCCAUAUUCCCCUGUACCAUUUUCUCCUUUGGUGCUAGUGCAACCUUUUCACUCUAUUCCCUGCGGGUUGCAAAUAGAGUAGCCUAUGUUCCCACUUCAAAUCCAGUGUAAAUAUUCAGUUCAUCUGGGCCCCUGAGGAUUUCUGAAACGUGAAAAAAUGUUUUAUUUUUAUUAUUAUUUUGUUGUUGUUGAGAUACACAUCUUAUUGCUUUUGCUGUGCCUAAGAAGAAAACCUCCCUCAUCUAUGUGUAAUUGUGAAUUUUUCAUGUAGAUAUGAGCUUGUACAAACUGUGAUUACCGUCUUGUCAUGUGUACUGCUGUAAGUUUUUUCUCUCUUUGGAGUGAUGUGUGUGUGUGUGUGUGUCUGUGUGUGUGCCUGUGUGUGUGUGUGUGUGUGUGUGUGUGUGUGUCUAAAUAAGGGAGUUCAUGUCCAUGUUUUUUCUGUCAAUGAUUGUGACAUUCCAGCAGCAGCCACCACCUUUUCUAUUAUCCAAAGCCUCUCAAUAAACAUAUCAUUGUGCCACUCUU